AUGCGAGAGCAAGAUCAUCCACUGGGCUGGGUCGUCGGACCACCAGAACUUCAGAUCCAUGUGUUCAGGCCGGAUGUCAGCGAGUCUAGAGCUCUUUUUAUAGAUCGGAAGGCUCGAGAACUGGUUGCUGCUGUGAAGCGGUCAGGAGAGGAUGUUGAACAGGCACAAAAAUAUUUUCAAUCAAUCUUGAAUCUAGUAAAUGGCAAUUACAUGGUUUUAUGCGGCACGGAAUAUCUUGGAAAUACGUUCCAUUCAGUAUUCUACUUCGAUUCCCCCAAAAUGCAGUCACUCACUAUAGCUCAGUUCUAUCAGCUUUCUCUGAAAAUCUACGACGACGUACCUCCCAACUUCAACCAAUUCUGGACCGACUAUUUACGUCCGCUGGCAAAGGCAGCAUCACCAUCUGAGUUACAGACCAUGAAGAUAGAAUGCCUGCCAUUUUUAUGGGCAGCGAUGAUCGCCGAGGCUAUGGGUGUCACUUUGUGA